UCACUCAUUCACUCACUCUUGUGUUUCAUGCAUAGAAUCGUGUCGCUGGUGAUAGCGGCAGGUUGAUAGGGACGAGAAAUAUACCUCCGUAUCAACAAAUUUUGUAGCGAAACAUGGAUACCAAACAAUGAGCAAUAACCGUAUUCAAAGAUGACGUCUUUCAAGAAAAGAUUAAAGUUUAAAUUUAGAUAUUGAUCGCUUUGAUUCAAAACAAUAUCAACACACGCGUCAGGACGUCUUCAAUAGUGGGUGAUAUUUGCAUGGGAUACGGAGGGGAAGGACUUGCAAUAAUCUACAUGAUAAAAGACAAAAUUGUACUUUAUCUUUUGUGGCAUCACUAUUCAACAACUGCGUCCUGACUUGACACGAUGGACGCCCUUCAUGGAAGAGUAAAGGUACCCGGGCCUUGUCACCCCUCUUCCGACGUGGAUAUUUGCGUUGUCACCACUUCAUAGUCAUAUGACAUGACCUUGACCUUGUGGCGUUUCCCCAACAACCAGUUUAUUGGGUGGACCGGAUAAUACAUCAUACGAGUACGUUGAAGAUUCGGGGAAACAAACCACCAGGCUCUGCUGUGACCCAAGGCUGUGUGGCUGACGGCGGCACGACGACCUGGGACACUCACCAUCCUGUCAACGUCAUAACUUGUUGCUUCUGUCAGAUGUAAGAGUGUGGUCGCCGAAAGUUGGCAAAACAGAAAAGUAUACUCAAGACCAAACCAAACGUAUACAGCUCCGUCUACAAUCGUGUGUGAGAGAGUACAUGAAGAUAUUGGCCUGAAGGAUCACGGGCGCCAGGCAGUGUACGCAGUGCAGAUCGAUGGUGCAUGUAUAAUGCAUGGGCUGAUACCCGAGACGCUACCACCAUACUCACACUGCAGUGUUAAAUCGAUCCUCAGAAAUCUUUAGGAAAGGAAGUCAACUGUUUUGGUAUGUAAUAAAACUGUUCAUUGGAAGUUUUCUGAAUUACAUUGCUCCUUGUAGACAAUGUCUGAGUGAUUCAUAUUUGGACGUGCAUCAUGGGAGGAAGAUUGUUUGUUGAAAACCCUGAUGUCUGAACUGGGAAUAAUAGAAACAAUACAUCUGGCAUCGGAACAUCAGCUUUCCAUGGCCCGUUGUGGUCUGGUAUACUGUAGCUGAGUGGACUGUGGCGUCACAUGAUCUGUAACCGUACAUAUGGCUGUGCUAGCCAUUACAACCUUGCAACACCACGUUACACAGUUUAUAAUAGAUCAAGAUUGUGAUUGAUCACUUUUAUUGGGAUUCAUUUUACCUACAUAUUGAGAUUGUGUGUAAUUAUUUCUUUCGUGAAUAUGCGGGCCUCUAACCUUGUCACAUCCCGGCGCUUAUGUCACCGUGUUUUUUGUUUCGUGCUCGGGGUAUUCGUCGGGCUGCAGAUGUACGCCGCUGUCUGGCCUUGGGGACGUAAUGGGGACGGGACACGGGACUCUCCUACCCUCAACACAUGGAAACUGUUGAAGGAUUUAACUGUGGCCAAAUUGUCGUCGUCAACACCCGCCCCUGUUCUCACCAACAUUGAACUGUUGAAGGUGAACAUAUCCGCCAAUAUAAACGCCUCUCUGAAUACUUUGCUCAGACUCAACUCGGAACAGCAUAUUCGUAAUAUUGAGAAAUUUCCACUGCAUUUUCAUAACAAUUCUGUUGUUAUCUUGAUUCAAGUUCAUAAAAGACUGGAAGACCUACAAAUCAUGAUAGAAUCAAUGAAAUCAGUGCGAUACAUCAACCAGACACUCGUCGUCUUCAGUCAUGACUACUAUUCUCCAGAAACGUUUGAACUUGUUUUUUCUAUAGAUUUCUGUCCCGUACUACAACUGUUUUAUCCGUACGCCAUACAGUUCUUUGACAAGCAGUUCCCCGGAGAUAUUCCUCGUGACUGUCCGAGAGAUAUAGGGAAAGAAAAGGCUAUGGCCACAGGUUGUUACAAUGCCAAUUUUCCGGACACGUAUGGGCACUACAGGGAAGGGAAGUUCACCCAGAUCAAACACCAUUGGGUGUGGAAGCAGCAUUAUGUCUUGGAUCGAGUCCAUAUUCUGAAAGACUUCAAUGGAGUUUUGCUGCGUUUAGACGAUGAUUACUAUUUGGCUGAGGACAUCAUUCAUGUAAUUAGGCUCAUGAAUGAUGAAAAGUCCAAAAUCUGUCCCUCUUGUGUCAUGUACAUUCUUGGCGAACACGAACAGCUCAAACCGAACUCGUACAUCUCUGAAACGGGGGAUGUGGUAAUAUCAAACUGGUUCACCGGGAUUGGAAGAGGCAUGGCUUUUAGAAGAGACUUCUGGGAAGCUUUUAAAUCAUGUGCUACGUCAUUCUGUAAGUUUGAUGAUUAUAAUUGGGACUGGGCACUCGAACACAGCAAAUCCACUUGUUUCAAAGAUAUGAAAAUACUCAAACCUAAGGCUGGGCGAGUAUUUCAUAUAGGCACCUGUCACGGCUUCCAUAGAAACAUCAAAGGAUGCGACAGAGACCAGGUAAAAAGUAGCAUACAAAAAGUAUUAUCCAUGUACCAGAAAAAUCUCUUUCCACACAAAUUUAAAGCUUCUAAAAAUAAAGCAAAACCAAGAUCAAUUCGUCAAGGUUUUGGGGGUUGGUCCGACCCGCGUGAUCAGGAGCUGUGUUUAAGAUUCUUUGAAAACAAAACCGAUGGUGUAUACAUGUUAAAUCAAAUAAAUAAAGUGAUCACCACUUGAUGGAACAUGUUUGUCGUCAG